AUGGCGAGUGAAGAGGUCAGCACGAAGCUCCUACGUUUUCUCAGCUUCGCCGGCGCCGGAGGUUUUAACCCUAAACCAUUGAGGGGCAUCCUCUUCCUCUUCUUCUUCUUCUUCUUCUUCUUCUUCUUCUUCUUCUUCUUCUUCUUCUUCUUCUUCUUCUUCUUCUUCUUCUUCUUCUUCUUAUUUGCUUGUCGUUCCUCAGUCUUUGCUUGUCGUCGAUGUCCCCGUUGACGAUCGCCGACUGCUGAUCCGCUCGUUUCCUGCUCUCCCAGUCGUCUGCACGGCGGGGAUCAACAUGUGGCGGGAUCUCGAGCGGAAAGCCGCUCUGCAGAAGGCCGUCGAAGGGGCUUCCGAAAAGCCGGGGACUAUCCCCAGCGAAAACGCGGCGGCCACCGCCGCAGCAGAACACUAG